AAUUUCUGCACUUGGGAAGGGUUAUGAAUUUUCUCAGUUUUCAAGCUGAUUUGACAGGCUGUUGAUAAGGAACUUUGUCCUUGUAAGGUGGGGUAAGAUCUGGUGACUGAUAGUGAGCAGGAGGCUGCUGCUCAGGCUGUAUCUUUUCUGUCAUUUCCCUGCCUCAACAUGCAGUUUUGUGAGACUUCAGCCAUUUUCUCAACAAUCAGUAUACUGGAUUUAUGUAAAUGCAAAUCAAUAAUUUUGAUUUCUCACCGAUCCUGAAUAGAUUUCCUAUCAAUCCUCCCAGUUCUUUGAUGUGUUUGUUUGUUUAUGUUUCUAUUUCUGCCAGACAGUGCAGGAAUAGUACCUUACCUGCAGAAUUUCUGGGUCGGUUUGUUUUGAUUUUUUUUUUUUUUUUUUUAAUUUGUCAUGGCUCAAGUUGAGGACCCUCAAUUUGAGCAUUGUCUACAGUAUCACUUUGUUCUUCUUUCAUUGCCUGCGCCUCUCAGGACUUUGUGACUACGGUUCCUGUGAAUUGGUUCCUUUAAAUAAGACUCUUCAUUUAGGAUCUCCCCCUUGCCAGGAUGAGCGGGGCCGCGUUCCCGUCGCCCGCGGCCGAGAUGGCAGAGAUGAACCGGCUGCAGUACGAGAUGGAAUACACCGAGGGCAUCAGCCAGCGCAUGAGGGUCCCCGAGAAACUCAAGGUGGCUCCUCAGAACUCUGACCUGGACAAGGACAGCCAGGAAGGAUUUCCAAAUGCCAGUGUAACUAUGCAGGUUCCAGAGCGGAUUGUAGUGGCAGGUAAUAGUGAAGACAUUCCAUUUUCCAGACCAGCAGACCUUGACAUUCUUCAGUCUACUCCAUUCAAACCACUGGCAUUGAAAACUCCUCCCCGUGUUAUUUCUCUUAGUGAUCGACCACUAGAUUUUUUGGACCUAGAAAAACCUCCACAGCAGACACCUCAAAGUGAAGAGGUGCGCUCGCUGGGAAGGCUGAAGAGGGAGCGCUCCAUGAGCGAGAACGCCACGCGGCACAACGGGCAGCUGGCCCGCAACGACUCCGUGUGGCACAGAUCAGAUACUGUCCCAAGAAAUAAAAUGCCACGGUUCCAGUCACCUCUUUCGACUAAGGAUUGCACUGUGACCCCAUCACUGCAACAGGCUCGUGUCUGUCCUCCCAAUAUGUUACCUGAAGAUGGAAUUAAUCUUUACUCUGCUCGUGGCAUUUUGUCGUUUAUCCAGUCUUCCACUCGUAGGGCUUACCAGCAGGUCUUGGAUGUGCUGGAUGAAAACCGCAGGCCAAUGUUACGUGGUGGGUCAGCUGCUACCACUUCCUCUAACCCUCAUCAUGACAACACCAGAUACGGUCUGUCCAACUUUGAUACGACACUCGAGGCGACACCAGAUGACAUGACAGUCGUAGAUGCUGCCUCCUUAAGAAGACAGAUAAUCAAACUUAAUCGCCGUCUCCAGCUCCUGGAAGAAGAGAACAAAGAGCGUGCUAAGAGGGAAAUGAUCAUGUAUUCCAUUACUGUAGCUUUCUGGCUACUCAAUAGCUGGCUUUGGUUUCGGCGCUAGACACAGCUCUCAGAAAGAUUUACUAGUUGAAAACACAAUUUGCAAAAUUCCUUGUUUCUGUUUGAUUCUAUGCUGUUUUUUAAUGAAUACACUGGAAACUUACACCACAGAUAAAGGCUCUAGAAUUGCAGUGUUAAAGGGACACCUUGUUCAGUUAUAACGUAUUUAAUAGAUUUGCAUUGCAAAUGCUGCAGUAUCCUCCUUUGCAUGCUUCUGUGUAAACAUGGACCAGCCCAUGGGGAGUCUGCUUCAUGCAGUGUGAGUGGUCUCCAGGACUAACCACUGGGGGCUUUGUGGAGUGAAGAGAACAAAUGGAAUGGGUUUGGAAAAAACAAACAAAAACAAAGGAAUAAAAAGUCAUUUUUAUUGUUCUGUUGUUAGAUGCAAUUAAACAAUUGCACUAGUUUUCCUUUAGUCCAAGUAGUUUUGAGGUGUGCCAUAAUCAAGGAGUGUGUCCUGUUUCAUGAGUAUGUUACUUGUUUGUGUUCAGGUUCAGUAAUAAAAGGAAUUCUUUGCUAACAUGCAGAUUGUCCAGAGGUGUGUAAUAUGUAUUUUUUUUAGGUUAAUUUUGCGGAUGUUUUUCUAUAAAUUCCAUUUUUAAGCAAGCUGGUCUGUGAGUGAUCAAAAUAUUAUGGAGUACAAGAUUUUGGUGUAGUAUCUUUAAUAAAAUUCUCUC